AUGUCCCUUACUUGCUUUGAUGGGUUGGAUAUUCUUAUAAUUGAGUCUGAUUCUUUGGAUUCGGUUAUAAUUCAUAGGAUCCAAAAAGAGCUAUCUAAGGUUUCCGUUCUUGAUCCUUCAUCCCUAUAUCAUGUCAGAAAGGCUACGGAUGGCUUUGAGGAUAGCGAUCAGAAGCUAUCAAAAAUUACGCAUAUAAUCUCCAAUACUGUUAAUUUUGCAGAAUACGAUAGAGUAUCCGAUCAUUUAAUGAUUCCAGUUGUCAGUUCUGAUUGGUUAUUCGAUAGCGUCACGCAUAAGAAGUUGGAACCCUUAAGAAAGUACUCUACAGAUCCAAAAUUGAUUCUUAGGAAUUGCGUAAUUACAUGCUCUGAAUCAAUAAGCGAUGAGGAUAAAAUGGUUAUCUCUUCCAUCGUGUAUGCGUUUGGAGGAGUCUAUGUGAAGGACGUGAUCAAGAAUCUAACUCAUCUACUUUCGUCAAAUGAAGAUGACGAGUGGUGCACACUUAUCCAAGAAUUUAAUCACCACGUUGGAAAUAAUACCAUAAAAAUAGUCUCUCCGAACUGGCUUUUUGAGUCAAUUGGUAUUGACCGGAAACUUCAAGAAAGCAAGUUUCCUACUGGAAGGACCACUAAAAGUUUAUUGGAGUCCUCGUUGUUGCAACAGCCAAACGCUUUGAAGGAUAAGGUUUUUUAUUUCGGUUCUGAUUACGGUAUUUCCGACCAACUUUUUGCUUCCCUGAAUGCGGCUGUUUGUACUAGAUCUGGUGCGAAACUGAUCAGAGAUAAAGAGCAUCUGAAUGAGGCUAAUUGUUACCUUGGUUUAUAUAGAGUGGGUGCACAGUUUACACGGGCUUCUCAUAACGAGAAGUUGACUAUUGGUAAUUUGGACUGGCUUCUAUGGAUGUUAGUUAGAGGUAAAUGGACUUUGCCACUUCUGAACCUGCUUCAUUAUCCUUAUCCAAAGGAGAAGCUCAAAGGUAUGGAGAAAGUUGUAAUAUCAGCCACCAACUACACUGGAGAUUCAAGGUUGUACUUGCAAAAUCUUGUGGAACUGAUGGGUGGAGAGUUUACUAGAAACCUCAAGCCGCGAAACACUCAUCUACUUGUGGCCAAGGCUUUUGGUGAUAAGUAUAAGGCCACGGAAGUCUGGGGAAUUAAGUGUGUCAAUCAUCUCUGGAUAGAGGAUUCAUUUGCUCACUGGGAAUUACAACCAGAGAAUGACCCUAAGUAUUCAAGGUUCCCUAGAGAUUGUGAUGAUGUCCGACUCAUUGGAACUACACAGAUUGAUGCCAAUAUAGUUCACACUCCCCAAAGUGCUGAUUCCGGAAAAGGGCCGAAAGUUUUACCCAACGAAGGGUUUUCAAGUCUUUCUUCAUCUCCGCAAUUUUUAUCUGCCGCUGAAACUUCCUCAUCCUCACGUCCUUCAACAUCUGCCAAGGUUUCUGUUGCUAAAGAUACUGUUUUAAGUCAGCCAUCGUCCCCUUCUGAGCCAACGCUGCCUCCGCCAAAUGUGGUUCCUGCGAAAAGGAAAUUAUCAAAUCCUCCGGUAUUGAAUAAUAAGAAGCAGGCUAAGCAUUUGCCUGCGGCUACAAAACCUUACAAUAUUGUGGGUAUCAUGACAGGAUGUGACACUGACCUGACACCAGCAGACAGGAAGAAUUUACAUAGAGUUGGCAUACGACUCGUGGAUAUUCCUACAAAAAGUCUAAACUGCAUCAUUGCACCCACCAUUAUGAGGACUGAAAAGUUUCUGAAAUCGUUGAGUUUGGGACCUAAGUAUAUUAUUUCUCCCUUAUUUAUCAGUGAUGUCCUAGGUACUUUGGACACUUAUCACAAAGUAUCUGAAUUUGAUUCUGUCAAGCCGGACAUAUCUCAGUACGGAUUAGAAAAUAGCAUAACUUUCUCGAAGGACCAUAAAGUGAAAGAUCUAUUCAUGCACCCCGAAAAAGGAGAGAUCUUUGCUCUCCAAAACUUACUUAGAAAUUCCACAAGCAGGCUCUUUGAGGGUUUCCUUUUUAAUAUCUCUUCGAAGACUCCAGGUGAGGAAAUUGUGAGUAAUAUCAUAAGGUUAUUUGGUGCGUCUGAUUGUCAGCAGGUAGAUACAAAGGCCUCGAAGUUGCUUUGCAAUGACGAUACCUUUUCUGGUAGCAGGUAUAGUGAGGCUUAUGUUUUACUCUGCUCUCCAGAUGAAAAAUCGCUUAUCAGCCAUUUCAAGAAGCUUGUCAAGCGUGAUGCAUCUGAUUCCAAGUACAUAGUAGUGGAGUGGAACUGGAUAAUCAGAUGUAUUUUCAAUACUUGUCUUGUACAGGAUAAAUUCAUUGUCGAUAAAAAUAUAUAA